AUGUCUUCUCAUCAAUUGAAGCAAAUGAGUACGACCGGCAUGCAGGAGAUUGGUUGUCCAUUGAGCAAGGAGCUCGACGACGCUAACCUCGCACGCAUGGGGAAGAGGCCGGUUCUGAAGCGAAACUUUGGGUUAAUGUCCAUGCUAGGUUUCAGCUGUACCAUCUUGAUUACCUGGGAAGGAAUUGUGGUGUUAUUUUUGCAGGCAUACCAGAACGGCGGUCCGGCAGGCGCGGUAUAUGGAUUUAUCUUCGUCUGGGUCGGUGUCGCGUCGACCUUUGUGGUUCUGUCGGAAUUGGCAUCAAUGGCACCAACCUCCGGAGGUCAAUAUCAUUGGUGUGCAAUGCUUGCCCCACGAUCUAAGAUGAAGCUCUUUAGCUACUUGACAGGCUGGCUCACGGUCAUCGGAUGGCAAGCAACAUACGCAACCUCAUGCUAUCUGUGCGGCACUCUUAUCCAGGGCCUCAUAGUUCUUACGCAAAGCAGCUACCAACCACAAAACUGGCAUGGGACCCUCCUUUUUUGGGCUAUCGCUUUGUUUUCGGUCGGGAUCAACAGUGUCGGGGGAAAGCUGCUGCCUCGCUUCGAAGGGUUCAUUCUUAUCUUGCACAUUCUGGGUUUCUUUGCCAUCCUAAUUCCCCUGACGUACAUGGCCGACCAUGGAUCUGCGGAGGAAGUUUUCACACAGUUCUUGAACCUUGGCGGGUUUCCUUCUCAGGGUUUAUCAUUCUUUGUUGGCAUGGUCGGUUGCAUUUUCGCAUUUGCUGGAGGUGACGCUGCGGUCCACAUGUCCGAAGAAAUUACAAAUGCAUCGACUGCUGUUCCCACCUCAAUCAUGCUCAGCGUUUUGAUCAACGGUUCCCUGGGCUUUGGCAUGCUGCUUUCUAUUCUGUUUUGCUUGGGUGAUGUUGAAAAGGCCCUCGACUCAUCCACAGGUUACCCAUUUAUGUCCAUCUUUCUGCAAGCCACUGGCUCAGUUCCUGGAACUGCUGCUAUGUGCUCCAUUGUUACUACUAUGGGCAUCACCACCUCUGUCGGCAUGCUAGCCUCUGCCUCACGCCAGUUCUGGUCUUUUGCACGCGAUCGCGGCGUGCCGGGUUGGCAAGUCUGGAGUCAGGUUCAUGGUAGUACCGCAGUUCCAAUUUACUCUGUACUUUUGACGACCUGUGUCGUCUGCCUCCUUGCUCUCAUCAACAUCGGUUCUUCUGUUGCCUUUAACGAUCUUGUCGCCAUGUCAAUUUCUGGUCUUUAUUUAUCCUAUAUGGUGGUUGCCGGUCUCCUGCUUUACCGCCGCUGCACAGGUGGUAUCAGCAAUGGCAGAAGAAGCGACACUGCCGUCGUGAAUACCGUUGGUGCCAAGCUUGUCUGGGGUCCUUUCCAUCUGCCGGGCAUCUGGGGUAUUUUGGUAAACAGCUUUGCUCUUAUUUACAUGACUAUUGCUGUCUUCUUCAGCUUCUGGCCUCCUUCUUGGGUUGUCACUGUGCAAACGAUGAACUUCAGCGUUGUGGGCACCUUCGGCGUCAUUCUCCUCAGCCUCAUUUAUUACGUUUUCCGGGCGAAGAGUGUGUAUGACGGCCCGAUCGUGGAAAUUGACUAA